AUGGACGACACAGCUGGCUGUUCAGUGGGCGCCGACAAUGUCCUUGGCCCUCGCAUCCACGAAUCGUGCCGGGCAUUUGACUUUACCUUGCUCUUCGAAGAUGGCAUCUUCAUCACUCUUCCCGCCAUCGCUUUUCCUCCUGCUCCUACCUGGACGGCUUUAUUUACCGAUUCGCAAGUCCAGGAAGUUAACAUCAUUGAAGCUGGCAUCUUGCAAGCCGGUAUACCUCAAGCCCUCGUCAGAUUUAUUCCAUGCAUCACUAAUCAGUUGGAAUUAGGCUCUCCUCUCACUGCUAUUCUUGCUUCAUCUCGCUUACCUCGUAUUUCUUGCGCAAAGUUCUGUUUUGCAGACGAGUUUGAGUCUCACCUCAGGUUUGCUCGCUGUGAUAGCAGCAUUGAGUGCUGGUCUUUUAUCUAUUCUCGAAGACCAGCGGUCCAUUUGCCCUUCAAGUCUACUUGUCGUUUAUCUCUCUGGUUCGGCGCUGUUGGCAUUGCCACGACUACGAACUUUGUGGCCCAUUUCCUCGGUAACGGCACCACGGGCACUGUGGACGGCAGUCUUUAUUUCGACCGUUUCAAGAUCUAUCGAGUUACCACUGUUCUUCGACAGGCGGAAGUCAAAGAUUCGGCCGCGAUUACUCUCAUGGGCACCAACGCGGAGAGGAUCAUAUCUUCUUUCGGACAGAUUCACGAAGUCUGGGCAUCUGUUCCAGAGAUUGGCGUCGCAAUUUUGCUCUUGGCUCGACAAAUGUCUUUUGCAUCCGUCCUUCCCUUGAUCAUAUGCCUUGCUUCUGUUGUGGGCGCUUGUCGCAUUGCUCGCCAUUUUAGGCCUGCUCAAUUGGCAUGGGUCCGGCAGGUCCAGGCUCGGGUCGCCGUAACCGCCAAGAUGAUCGGCGACAUGAAAGCUGUCAAGAUGCUCGGCUUAACCGAUACCUUGUGUAAACUUGUUGGGAAGCUCCGUAAGGCUGAGCUUGAGGCAUCUGAAAGAUUUCGCAAACUGCUCAUCUGGCAGAUUCUCAUUGGUACGAACGCCCCGGUGGUCCUGGGACCUUUUGCUACAUUUGUAACAUACGCCGUCAUUGCCAAAGCCAGGGGUGAUGAGACGCUAUUGACUGCCCAGGCAUUUUCCUCUCUCUCUCUAAUCUCGCUGACAACAACUCCUUUGAUCCGCUUUUGCGAAGCCCUGCCGACUUGCAUGCAAGCUCUUUAUUGCUUGAAGAAGCAGGAAGAAUCCAGCGACACUAGUGCUUCUGGCCACGAGGGCAACCGCGCGCAGCGACCCAAAGUUGACCCUGCGGCUACUGUUCUUUGGCGUGUCCGUUCUACCCGCCGGGCUUUAUGUGGACUCACCGAUGGCCUCGCCAAUAACCUUGGCCACCUGGGUAGACGUCGCGAUACCGUGGAGGCGGACGGCCUCCGCGUACUCGGCACACUGGUCAAGCUCCACGCUAUAUAUGGUCAUAGGCGGCAGGUCAACGGCCGGGAACGAUUUAGACCCGUCAGGCAGCACGAGCAUACUUCGGGAAUCCCUGGUUAUGCAAAAUAA